AUGGCCGUGGUCCAAGAAUCACCUUCAAGCACCUCAGUGACCGGCAAUGGCAGAAAAGCAGGCAAUGCCAUCGUACCGGUUCCCAAAUGCGGCGCGGCUCAAAAGGAAGACGAGACCCCUCAUGUAUCAGACAGAUGCGAAGAUGGGAGCCUCAAGAGUUACUUUGAAGUUGCCUUCUUCGACCUGCCCGAGGCCGGAUCCAUCUCCAGCCAUCUUACUACCAACGCCAACCUCGUCAAUCAGGGAAUAUCGGAGAAGCUGGGCCUCGCCAUCCAAGCUAUUGCAACCUUCUUCGCUGCCUUUGUUGUCGCCUUUGCGGUACAAUGGAAGUUGACCCUCAUCACCAUCUGCAUCGUGCCCGUCAUCGUCAUCGUAACCGGCAUCUGCAUGGGCAUCGACGCGAAACAGGAAAACGAGAUUAUGAUCAUUAACUCCGGAGCAGCAAAGCUAGCCGAGGAGGUGUUUGCGAGUGUCAAAACUGCUCAUGCCUUUUGGGCUUUCCCCAAGCUGUCCGGCAAAUAUGCAGCUAUCCUUGACGAGGCCAAAGCGGUCGGUGCCCGGAAGAGUCCAAACUACGCCGUCUUGUUCUCCGUGGAAUUCUUUUGCGUGUACGCUGGAUAUGGCCUCGCUUUCUGGCAGGGUAUCAGGAUGUAUAAGGAGGGAGAGGUGUCUGAGCCGGGACAAAUUGUCACUGUCAUCUUUGCUGUGCUGCUGGCAGCCCAGGCACUCACUCAAAUCGCUCCUCAAUCGGUCGUCAUUUCGAAGGCUGCCGCUGCCGCACAUCAGAUGUUUCAGGUCAUCGACCGCGAGUCAAAGAUCGACUCUUUGUCGGAGGAAGGCAUCAAACCAGCUGAAUGUCGAGGUGAUAUCGAACUCCAGGAUGUCGUGUUUGCUUACCCUUCGAGACCGAACAUCAAAGUGUUGCAAAACUUCAGCCUUACGAUUCCAGCAAACAAAACGACGGCAAUCGUUGGAUAUAGCGGAUCAGGCAAAAGUUCCAUAUUAGGCCUACUGGAGCGCUGGGGUUGUCCCGAAAGCGGUACUAUCACACUGGAUGGUCGAAAAAUAGAAGAGUACAAUCUUCAGUGGCUUCGAACCAAGGUCCGACUUGUUCAGCAGGGCUAUCAAACGCAAAUCGGCCAGAGAGGCUCCAUGUUGUCAGGGGGCCAAAAGCAAAGGCUCGCCAUCGCCAGGAGCGUCAUUGCGAACCCACAAAUCCUCUUACUCGAUGAAGCUACAAGUGCCCUCGACCCUAAUGCUGAGCAGAUUGUUCAGAAGGCACUCAACAACGUUGCUGUCGGGAGAACCAUGAUCGUCAUUGCCCAUAGACUCUCCACCAUUCGAAAUGCGGACAACAUUAUUGUCAUGUCCAACGGUCGUCUUAUCGAGCAGGGUACCCAUGAUCAACUCGUUGCCCUGGGGGGCACCUAUUCACACCUUGUUCGAAUACAACGUCUCGGACAAGAACCUGACAAUGAUGACGAACCUCAAAAGGACAACAGAGCUGAAAUUGGAGGAGCUGCGAUAGCUAACACCACGUUGAACGUAGUUGAGGCUGUUCCUGAUGCGAGUGCCAUGGAAGAAGGCGCUGCAAAGAAAGACGACAUCAACCUCUUGAGAUGCUUGUUCAUCCUCAUGCGAGAACAAAGAGUACUUUGGCCUGCCUUUUGCUGGGUGGGUAUUUGCUGUCUCGCGGGAGGGGCUACAUAUCCCGCUCUUGCCAUCAUCUUCUCCCGGAUAAUGGACGCUUUCGCCCUUGAGGGUGACAAAAUGGUCGAACGAGGCAACUUCUUUUCUCUCAUGUUCUUUAUCGUAGCCCUUGGCAACUUGGUUGCCUACGCGGUGCUCGGUUGGUUCUGCAACGUUAUCGCCCAGCAAAUGGUCCGCUUCUAUCGGUACACAAUCUUCGACUGCGUCGUCCGGCAGGACAUGACCUUCUUCGACAUGCCAGGUAACUCUCCAGGCGCUUUGGUGUCUCAUUUAUCCAAGGAACCGGAAAGUCUGCAUGAGCUUCUCUCCAUGAACAUGGGCGUCAUCGCAAUCGUGGUGGUCAACUUGCUCUCGAGCUGCAUUCUUGCCGUUGUGAUUGGGUGGAAACUUGGGCUCACCCUCGUCUUUGGCGCUUUACCACCCCUUGUUUUUUCAGGAUACCUGAGAAUUCGCUUGGAGAUCAAGCUGGAUGAUGAUACUUCGGACAGGUUUGCGGAUAGCACUGGCAUUGCUUCUGAGGCUAUCAUGGCCAUUCGAACUAUCUCGUCACUGGCUAUGGAACGGCAGAUUCUUGACAGAUAUGAGAAUAAUCUGCGCUCUAUUGCGGCAACGUCGGUCAAGAGUCUCACCUGGACGAUGGUUUGGUUCAAGCCAGCUCACAUCGUGGUUAGGUAUGGCGGCCGAUUGGUUUCAUUUGGAGAGUACACCGUCACUCAAUUCUACACAGUGUUCAUCGCCGUCAUUUUUUCCGGCGAAGCAGCGGCCACAUUUUUUACGUACACAACAAGCAUCACCAAGGCGCAGCACGCCGCCAACUUCAUCUUCCGGCUCAGGGACUCGGUUCGUCCCGAAAACAAGGACGACCACCCACCAGAUGCCGAAAAACGUAGCAACGGCGCCGUUUCCAUGGACUGCCAAGCUCUAGAAUUCUCAUAUCCUCUCCGUCCCAGCGCUCGAGUCCUCAAAGGAGUCUCCAUCAGCAUCCCACCGGGCCAGUUCGUCGCCUUGGUAGGGGCGUCCGGCUCGGGCAAAAGCAGCUUAAUCUCUGUCUUUGAGCGAUUCUAUGAUCCUUCCAGCGGCACCGUUUUUUUCGACGGCGAAGACUACCAAAAAAUCCACCUCGGCCGCUACCGCGCCAACAUUGCGCUAGUCCAGCAAGAGCCCGUUCUUUACCAGGGAUCAAUAAGAGAAAACAUUUCGAUGGGCGUUCUUGACGCGACUGUGUCGGACGAGCAAAUCCUCGAGGCCUGUCGCCAGGCCAACAUCGACUCCUUCAUUGCCUCGUUGCCCGAAGGCCUAGCUACCCCCUGCGGAUCCCAGGGCCUGCAGUUCUCUGGCGGGCAGAGGCAAAGGAUCGCUAUUGUGCGCGCGCUGGUUAGGAAGCCGAGAUUGCUGUUGCUGGACGAAGCGACCAGUGCGUUGGAUACGGAGUCGGAGCGGGUGGUGCAGGCUGCUUUGGAUGCCGCUGCAAAGGGCGAAGGUGGAGCAGAUGGAGAUGGAAAAGAGGGAAAUGCAAAGGGGAGAAAGCGGACAACGGUGGCUGUGGCUCAUCGGCUGUCAACUAUAAAGGGCGCGGAUAAGAUCUUUGUGUUUUCGUAUGGAAGGAUUGCGGAGGCGGGGACGCAUGAGGAGUUGUUGGAGAUGAGGGGGAUGUAUUAUGAGAUGUGUUUGGGACAGUCUUUGGAUAGAUGAAGAUGCCGUAUGUUGUCAUGCAUGUUAUACAUGUCUCUACAUAUAUAGCGAGCGACUUAUAAUAGAGUUUAGUUUCGGGUUCCGU